AUGCACAGAAUAAUGAAAGGAUACCGUGGAGGUGGGAACAAAAGCCGGUUGACCUGCGUCGUUUCCACUUCCGCCGUGAGAUCGAUCGAUGGCUCACGUGGUUAAUUAUCUCUGCAAUUCCUUUUUUGGGCGACACCAGGUGUUCUGUGGAGCAGUAGAGCACCGGCUUCUGAGCUGUGCUUCGAUCAAUUUUCUCACGAACGAACUGGAACGGGGCGUACAGAUUUUUCGUUUUGGAUUUUACAGUCGAGGUUACAUAUCAUGUCCGAAAACUUUUAGAGAGGAUUAACAAUGAAGGUACAGAAAUAGCUGAAUGAGAAAUCACAGGGCUUUUCACUUUUAUUUACUAUUCCCGAUUCAUCAGCUCCAAUCUCAUCAUGAGCAGGGUUUGAGAAGUUUCACAUAUUUUGAUUUUGAGUUCACUCUCUUUCAUGGGAAGUCCUAAGAAACGGAAAUCCUAAGAAACAUAGCUUCUAAGCAGUUAUCAUCUAGAUACAAUCCGUUAAGUUUCUAAGCGUUAACCAGGACUCUGUCUCGAUUGUAUUUGAAAAUCGCUAGCUUUCAGCAUUACUUAUAAAUUUUCAUUUUACUCAAAAAAUGUUUGCGGCUAGUUGUCCCCAUUCAGAUAGGAUUAAAACUAUAAAAACCAGAAAAAUUUCAUUUCCAGCUGUUGAUAACACGUUUUCCUUCAAUUCAUAAUGAAAAUGCUUACUCUGCCAAAAGAAGAUAUUUCAAAUGAGAGAUUUAAGGAUGCACGACGUGGAAGUGGACACAAGGCCGUACCGCCGAGAGUGGAGGACGCCGGGGGAAGUCCGGGCGCCGAUCGGCCUCCGGGAGCAUUCUCUCCACUCUGACAAACCGAAAUAUUCGUGUGUUUCUGUUUUGCUUCCAGUUUUUCUUUUCUUUUGAAAACACCUUUCAAGUUGCGCUGAACUAGAUUUUUUUUUUCGCAUCAAGUGUUUGGUUUUAUCGCUUUUCAAUUAGAUCGCGGCCUUAAUCUCGACAAGACGCUGCUUAUCGCUUAAUUUCUCUUUUCAACGGCGUUUUAGUAUGUUCUUCUUUGAAAAAGUCGGAAACCGGUAAGCCUCGGAGAAUUAUAUCGGCCAGGAUUUCAAAGAAAAUAAGAUUUGGUGUAUCUAGAAGAUUAAAAGGGAAAACUUAACAAAACGAAUUUUUUUGAGAAUGCAUAGAAGACAAUGGAUGAAAAUCACAAAACAAUAAAGACAGCUGCCGGUGCAUUUUGUUUACAUUUAUCUUGAGUUUUACCGCAAGAUUUUAAUUUCUCUCAUUAGGACUUGGCUUAUUUUUCUCUGAAACCACAUUUUUUCGUGGCGCAUUUCAAUUUUUUUUUUUCCAGCCGUCCAAUUAUGCGAAACACUCGCGAUUUGGGGAGUUCACUCGCUUCAUCGUCUCCGAUGACGUCAUCGGAAGAAGGUCAACCGACAGAUCACUGGGGAGCCAACUCCUCGCUUUCCAGCAGCCGCGGAACCGAGCCGCCAAAGCGAAGUAAGUCAUUUUGAAUAGGUAACUUUUAUGAGCUUUUCCUUGUGUCUCUAAGAUCAAUAAUAUCGAAAAGGAAAAAAGAUUCAAUUUGUUCAUUAAUUUUACCUUUUGAAGACACAAUGUCGCCUCCUAUGUACACAAGCACGCCACAUCAAGAAUCUCCCAAACUCAAGGUUAUUCUUUUUCAAACUUCUUCCGAACAAGUUAUUAUUCGUUACAGAGCGUUGGAAAAACGAUCGAAGUCAAAGUGGAACGGUCAGAAAAAGUAGAAAGAACUACGGAGAAAACAGAGAGGAACCCUCAGAACCAGACCUAUGCGCAGCCCAUCUUGAGGUUCGGACAAAAGUACUGAGUUGUUUGGCCUUUUUCAUUAUUUUCUAAAUAUCCAUUGAAUCAAUUCUCUUUCUCAUCAUUAAUGUCAAUUUUCGGUGACUAAAGAAAAAUUUCAUAAAUUUUUCUCACUAAAUUUUUUAUCCAAAGAAUGCAUUCAAUUUUACAAUAUAUACGUUCAAAAUUGAGAAAUUUCCUCGGGACUGAUGUUUAAAAAAAGCUAUAAGUUUUACUAAGCGAGCAAGUUAAUUUUUUUUGUAAGGAAUUGUUUCUAUGAUUGCAAAAUUUUAAUCAUCUUUUUUUAGCUUGGUUUUCCAGAAACCAGCCGGGCUAUGGAUCUCGGUCCUCGGUGGCGACAUCGCAGAUGCGCUGCGACCAGAGUGAAAUCGACUUUUCGUGGGUGAGCGAAGAAGAAGACAAGUUGCGACACGAGCAGCGACAUCGUGAGUUUCGUUCCGUUUCGCGCAAGAUCAAUAAUGUUGCGACAGAAGGUGAACGUCGCUUACCUGAGUGCUACUUUGGAAUGGAUCCUCCGUCGAUGGAGGAGAAAAAUGAAAAGGAAAACGAGAAACGCAGACGGUUAAGCGUGCUCGAGAAGACUGCGGCGCUGGAACAAGAAGUCCGAAGACGCGAAGCCGUCAGUUCUUGUUGCCUCCCCGCAAAAGACGUUUUUCUGGUUUCAGAACUUUCUGACUCGGUCCACGACGCAACUCGGGGAGCCGCAGCCGGACUACUCUCCUAUGCACGCUCGCGAAUCCAAUCCGCGGGAUUCUGGUCCUUCUGAGAGGCGGAUAUACCGUAUUCAGGUUCUUUUCUCAAGUGUUCCAAUAAACUAAAAAAUAAAAUCUUCAUAAUCUGAUGAAAAUUUGUUUUUGGUGCUUGUGAAGGAGCACGAGAAAAUCUAGUAAAGGUCUUGAGUUGAAGAUCCGUUUCCAGUUUUUCAGGCCAUGCCGGAACCUUGCGCUCUCAAACAAGAUUUUUGAAGAGAUUAUACCAGAAAACAAAAAUUCGAGGAGCAAAAUGAUUGUAUCUAAAAAUGAUUCCUUCCUUUAUAAUUUGUAAUUCCCCAUACCAUAGUGUGCGCGUCAUAAGUAUACUAUACUUAUGACGCGCACUGUAGUACAAUUUUUUUUUCAAAAAUUCUAGACUUUCCCUUAUUUUUCAAUAGAUCAUGAAUAGAACCUUUUACCAAUCAAAACUUUUAUGGACCUUUUUCGAAACUGGAAACUUUUUUCAGAGACAAUCAGAAGGUGGCCGCGAUGAGAAACGUCAGAGAAGCAGCAUGGCCUUCUGA